AGGAAUUGUAAAAGAAUGGCUUGGGAAGAGAAUAUGAGAUACAUUGAACAACAUAACCUGGAGCAUUCAAUGGGGAAACACACAUUUACUGUGGGAAUGAACCAGUUUGGAGAUCUGACCACUGAGGAGUUCAGGCAGCUUUUGACUGCAUCCAACAUAAAAAAAGCUGAGAACUCAACUUGCAAAGUGUUUACAGCUCAGGAGAAGGUUGAGCUGCCCACAACUGUUGACUGGCGUCCUAAAGGUUACGUUACUGCAGUGAAGGACCAGGGGCAAUGUGGCUCGUGCUGGGCUUUCAGUACAACUGGAGUACUUGAAGGACAAGUAUUUAGGAAAACAGGAAAGCUCAUUUCCCUGAGUGAGCAGUACCUGAUGGAUUGUAGCAGAGCAGUAGGAAACGCAGGAUGUAAUGGUGGAUCUGUCUUGGGCGGUUUCCUAUUUAUAAAGGAAAAGGGUAUCGCUUCUGAGCAGUCCUAUCCAUACACUGCAAAGGAUGGCAAUUGUACAUUCAACCAAAACGACAUUGUCGCUACUUGCAAAGGUGUCAAACAGAUUCCAACAGGUUCUGAAGCAGAUUUAGCUGCAGUUGUGGCUACAGUUGGACCGAUAUCUGCCGGCAUAGACGCAGAGCACAGAUCUUUCAUGUUAUACAAAUCAGGAAUAUUUUAUGAGCCUCACUGCAGUACUGUCAAACUGGAUCAUGGAAUUUUGGUGGUUGGAUAUGGAACUGAAAAUCAGAAGCCAUUUUGGAUUGUUAAAAACAGCUGGGGAGCAAACUGGGGCAAUGAAGGAUAUGUCCACAUGGCUAAGGACAUGGAUAACAACUGUGGAAUUGCUACAAAUGCAGUUUAUCCUGAGGUGUGA